UCCCAGCGGCCGAGCACGCCCCGCAGCGCGUGGAAGGCGCGGAGUCCGGCUCCUGGCUCCAGGCUCCGGGGCCUCCGGGUGCCGGGCGGGCGCGCGCGGGGUGGGGUUCCGGGGCCGCGGGGCGCGCGCGCGCGCGCGGGCCCCGCCGCCCAGGCCGCCCCAGGCCCGAUUCGGUGGGCUCACCAUGACAGGCCCCGCGCCCGGGCGGCGGCUGCGGUGGCUGGCCGCGCUGGCCCUGGUCCUGGCGCUGGCCGCGGGGCUCCUCGCAGCCGGGGCCGGGCAGGCGCCGCGCCCUGCCGAGCGGGGUCCUCCGGUGCGGCUCUUCACGGAGGAGGAGCUGGCCCGCUACGGCGGGGAGGAGGAAGAUCAGCCCAUCUACAUGGCAGUCAAAGGGGUGGUGUUCGAUGUCACUUCUGGAAAGGAGUUUUACGGACGAGGAGCCCCCUACAAUGCCUUGACCGGGAAGGACUCCACCAGAGGGGUGGCCAAGAUGUCCCUGGAUCCUGCAGACCUCACCCACGACACUACGGGGCUCACAUCCGAGGAGCUGGAAUCCCUGGAUGAUGUCUUCACCAAAGUGUACAAAGCCAAAUAUCCCAUCGUUGGCUACACAGCCCGAAGAAUCCUCAACGAGGACGGCAGCCCCAACCUGGACUUCAAGCCUGAAGACCAGCCGCAUUUCGACAUAAAGGACGAGUUCUGAUCUGCAGGAGACCGUUCUUGGGAGGGUGAGGCAGGGAGACACUCAGAUGCAAACUCUCCUGCCAAACAGGCUGCUGGGGCCUCCGGUCACCGGAUCUGAAUAAAGCAGACGUUUAACCUGGAA